GCAAUGACGCAUUUUUGAUACUUAACCGUUGCUGUGUCUUGCUCUUCUAUGCUAGUGAGGACUCUGUAGACAAAGUCACGCACGAAACAUAUAGUUGUAGCCGAGUCAGUACUCUGUGUGAGUGCGUUCCCGGUGCUCUUCUCGCUUCUGUUAGGUCUCGCGCUGCCAGAGUCUAUCAGCCGUAAGCUUCGAUACGGCAAGAAAUGGAUCUCGAGCAGCCGAUAUCGGAAACAAAUUCCAAUCUGGAAAGACGGUCGAAGGAAAACAGUAGCGUUGUGGGUAAUCAUAAUGGAGGCAAACAGUCGAGUUCCGAUGCGACGAGAAGCGAACGGACCAACUUAUCCUGCCAACGACCCAAGCGCUCGGACACGUGUUUCCACUCUGAGGAAGCCUUCGAAACUUACAAUUUUUAUAUCGAAGAUAUGCUCAUAUGAAUGGCAUGUCUAAUGGAUUUGAUAGGAAAAGGGAACAUAAAUCUGAACAUAAAGAUAAGGAAAAGGAGCGAUCUCAUAAGUCAGAACAUAGGGAUAAAGACAGAAGUAAAGAAAAAGAAAAAAGUCACAAAAGUGAUCACAGGGAGAAGGAUAAAGACAGGCAUAGACAUAGUUCUAGUUCCUCCAAAGAUAAGGAAAAGCAUGAUAGUAGCAGUAGUAGCAAGGAUAAAGACAGGGAGAAAAAAAGUGGUUCAUCAACGAGCAAAGAAAAAGAUCAUAAGCAUAGUGGGUCGUCAUCUAGUAAAGAUAAAGAAAAAGACAGAAGUAAAGAUAAGGAUCAUCAUCAUAAAUCUAGUUCGAGUUCAAAAGAAAAAGACAGAUAUCAUAAUGUUUCCAAGGAUAAAGAGAGCUCCAAUAAAGAUAAAGAAAGUUCAAGAAGCAAAGAGAAGGAUAAGCAUAGGCAUAAUUCAUUGAGUUCAAAUUCUCGUGAGAAGGAUAAAGACAGAGAUUCUGCAAAGGAUAAAGAAAAAGAUAAAAAACAUUCAUCGGAAAAGGAUAAAGAAAGACAUUCCAGUUCUCAUUCUGGAGACAAAGAGAAACAUCGUUCUUCUGAUAGAGAAAAGGAUAAACAUAGUUCAUCAACUAAGGAUAAACAUCGUCAUGAAAAAGAUAAAGAUCGUCAUAGGCACGAGAAAGAAAAAUCUAAACACCGAGAAGAAAGAGAUAAAAAGGAGAAAGAAAAAGAUGAAGUUAGAAAUAAAGAAGAUGUAGAAGUAAAACCCAAUCAUCUUAUAAAUGAAAGUUUUUGUUAUAAUCAUGAUAUAAAACCAGACAUAAAAGAGGAACAAAUAUCUCAAAUGGAGCAAGAUGAUGAUGAUGAUGAUAGUGGUGAAGAACCACAUCUUUUUAUCAAGGAAGAAGAUGAGGAUGAACCUAUUAAAGAUGAAGCUAGUAUGGAUUCAACAGAUGGAAAUGACACAAGACUCUCAGACCUUCAUAAUACAACUCUUAAAACUGAAGAAGAAUCUGAGGAAGAUGUACCAUUGUUUGCAAGAUCAAUGUCCACACCAAAUGUUAAAAGAAAAGUUGAAUCAGAUGAUGAAGAAGAACUUCCACUCUCUACCCGCAAAAAAACCAAGAAAACUGGUUCAAAGAUAAAAAGAAAGAAACGGAAACAUGAAGACGAAGAAUCUGAAGUAGAUGAGAAACCAAAGAAGAAAAGUAAUAAACCUAUAAAAGGCGAAACAACUAGUCCUAGAAAGAAAAAGCAAGAAGAUGAACAAGAUGUUUGGAAAUGGUGGGAAGAAGAAAAGAAAAAUGAUGGAACAAAAUGGACUUUUCUGGAACACAAAGGACCAGUUUUUGCACCUCCAUAUGAACCACUUCCUCCUAGUGUUAAAUUUUAUUAUAAUAAUAAAGAAAUGAAAUUAAGUGAAGGUGCAGAAGAAGUUGCAACAUUUUAUGCACGCAUGUUGGAUCAUGAUUAUACGACCAAGGAAGCGUUUAAUAACAAUUUCUUUCAUGAUUGGCGAGAAGUAAUGACAGAAUCUGAAAGAAAUAAAAUUGUUGAUUUGAGUAAAUGUAAUUUUAAAGAACUACAUGCAUAUUUUGUUCAGAAAAGUGAAGAAAGAAAAGCAAUGUCGAAAGAAGAAAAAAAGAAAAUAAAAGAGCAAAACGAGGAAAUUCAAAAAGAAUAUGGUUUCUGUAUUAUUGAUGGGCAUAAAGAAAAAAUAGGUAAUUUUAAAAUAGAACCUCCAGGACUUUUUAGAGGUCGGGGAGAACAUCCAAAAAUGGGGAAGUUAAAAAAGAGAGUUUUGCCUGAAGAUGUUCUUAUUAAUUGUUCGAAAGAUUCUAAUAUUCCGAAACCACCAGAUGGCCAUAAGUGGAAGGAAAUUAGACACGAUCCUAAUGUAACUUGGUUGGCUUCUUGGACAGAAAAUAUCCAAGGACAAGUUAAGUAUGUUAUGCUUAAUCCUUCAAGUAAGUUGAAAGGUGAAAAAGAUUGGCAAAAGUAUGAAACUGCAAGAAAAUUAGCAGCAUCAAUUGAUAAAAUUCGUGCAGAAUAUAGAGAAGACUGGAAAAGCAAAGAAAUGCGUAUUAGACAAAGAGCUGUAGCUUUAUAUUUUAUUGAUAAGUUAGCACUUAGAGCUGGUAAUGAGAAAGAUGAAGAUCAAGCAGAUACUGUAGGUUGCUGUUCUCUGCGUGUUGAGCAUAUCACAUUGCAUGAACAAAAAGAUGGAAAAGAAUAUGUAGUUGUAUUUGAUUUCUUAGGUAAAGAUUCUAUAAGAUAUUAUAACGAAGUGCCAGUAGAAAAACGAGUUUUCAAAAAUCUGCAAUUAUUCAUGGAAAAUAAAUCUCCUAAUGAUGAUUUAUUUGAUCGACUGAACACUACAGUCAUGAAUAAACAUCUGAAUGAAUUAAUGGAAGGUCUUACUGCUAAAGUAUUUAGGACAUACAAUGCAUCAUGGACGUUGCAACAACAAUUAGAUAAGCUAACAAAUCCUGAUGACACAGAAGCAGAAAAAAUUUUGGCAUAUAAUAGAGCUAAUAGAGCUGUUGCUAUAUUAUGUAAUCAUCAACGUUCUGUGCCAAAAACGCAUGCAAAAUCUAUGGAAAAUUUAAAAGCAAAAAUAGAGGCUAAAAAAGAAGCUAUAACUGAAGCAGAAUUACAAGUAAAAGAUGCAAAACGUGAUGCGAAACAUGGUUCAAUUAAAGAAAAAGUUGUUUAUGAGAAGAAAAAGAAAACAUUAGAACGUUUGAAGGAACAAUUGACGAAAUUAGAGGUUCAAGCAACUGAUAGAGAAGAAAAUAAAGAAAUUGCAUUAGGAACCUCUAAACUUAAUUAUUUAGAUCCAAGAAUUUCUGUUGCAUGGUGCAAGAAACAUAAUGUCCCAAUCGAAAAAAUUUAUAAUAAAACUCAAAGGGAUAAAUUCAGAUGGGCGAUAGACAUGGCUGGACCAGACUAUGUCUUUUAACCCCAUAAAACACUGCUUUUAUGUAACGACAUAUUUUUCGUUAAGAGUAUUUAGUGAAUUUCUGUUUUAUUAGGGAAAUACAAGAAUGAUAUAAUUUUUUGUAUUUACAUAAAUAAAUAUAAGAACGGCUGGACACAUUUUAUAUAGAAUAUUAAAAUUGUAGUGAGGAGACUUGAUAUUCAGUAUAUAAUUAAUACUUAAUAGCAGUAUCAAAUCGAUCGCCUGGCAAUCAUGCAUAAAAAUUUUAGCGAUCGUUGUAUAUCUGCGUAUAGCGUUCAAUUAGUCUCGUAAAUAAUCAAGAAAAAUGAAUAGUUUGAUAAAUAAAAAAGUAAGAUAUAUUAGGUGACAAUUUCUUAUGCGUGUGAAUUAGACAAAUAUCAAAUUUGUGCGGAGUCUAAAUUUAGAGGAUAUUUCGGAUGCUUUUAUAAGAUAAUCUUCUUUUAACCUCUAAGUUUAGAUAAAUAUUUUAUGUAUGGGCUGUAGCACUGUAAAUAGUAUAUUGUCGAAAAUGUUGACAGCCACAAUUAAUUAAGUGCAUCAAACUUAUGUAAAUGCAGCUAUCAAAUAGACAAUUUAUAUUUCUUUUCUUCAUUUGAUUUUUUUGUACAUAUAUAAUAAUGUCAUUUCAAGUCAUUAACAUUUUCUCAUUAUAAAUUAGAAAAGUAGACUUUAGUAGAACAAGCUAAUUUUUUUGGUAUAAAUAACAUUUAGAACGCAAAAUUGCUCUGCAAACACGAUUUGCAUAUAAUCCCUUAAAGAAACUAUUGGUAUGGCGAUCUAUUUAAAUAAAUUAUCGCUUUUGCGAUCUAUGUUUUAUAAAAAAGAAAAAAAGAAAAAAACGUAGAUUAUCAUAAAUGUGAACAUAAUGUAUGCCUGUAUGAUUAAUUUUUCACAUCAUUUGUAUACGUGAUAACAUUAUGCACAAUGGUGACAAUGAUUCUAGAAAAUACAUUGACUGCAAUGCAUGAAAACAUUAUUUAUACUUCAUAGUCCAUUGACAAAAAUAAGUUUUACUAUUUAACGUUGGAAGUGUUCUUUUCACGUGACCUAAUAUAGUUAAGUGACACUGUGUAUUUACAUAUACAUAAAUAUAGCAUAUAUGUGUCACCACUCAUAUUUUACAAGAUUAUAUUGUAAAACGUCAUGUUUUCAUACUUAUUUGUAUUAAAAAAAAUUCCAUAAUUUAAACUUGAUAGAUGUUGAUAUCUGGAUAACAGAUAAUGGGACUCAAGUAAUGACGAUUGUAAAAGACUAUUUCUUAAUUGUUUUGAUGAAAAGAGCAUCUCAUUUAAAUAGAGUUGAUAUAGGACUAAUUAUCUCAAUAUUUUUUCCUUUUAAACACAAUUAAACAAAGUUAGUUAUUUAUAAUUUAUCUAAGCAGCAAAUUGCAAUAUACAAAUGGUAUUAUGUGGAAUAAAUGGAACAAUUUUGCAAAUUCCUAUUUUAAGAAGUGUGGCAAUGUGUCAAUAUAUAUCUUAAAUAUAUAGGAAAUAUUUUCUCAAUUUAAGUAACUAUGUAUUAGCAAUUCUGACUUUGCAGAACUGCCAAUUUAUUUGUUAAUUACAUAUUAAUUAGUCUGUUAAGUCAUACAUAACAGUUUCUCGAAGUACAUGUACAUUCUAUCGUUCUUAUAUUUAAUCAUUAUAUUUAAUCAUUAAUUGCACAUUUAGAUAGUAACUGUUUAUGCGUUAUUUUGUAUUUAAUGUCAUCAAGUAUAAGGAUUCUUUUUAAUAUAAUAUUAAAUAGAGAGAGGGACUGCUUAUGUACACUUCAGACUAAAAUAUUUCUUUAGAUUAAUUUGUAUAUGAAUAUAGAUAAUAUUAUAUUACUUAAUCAUAGAUGUUGGAAAAAAAUUGCAAUAUAGAAGACACUGUCAGGACAAAUUAUAAAAUGCAAUCAGUGUAUAGAUUUCCGAUUCUAUGUACACAAUAAUAUAUAAUAUAAAAUUUUUAACUUUUACAAAA